UGUUGGUCGAAACAAAAUUAUAUAUUUUAAAAAUAACAAAAGAACCAUGAGCAGUCAUAGCCAUCGAAAGAUGUCGGGUAUACGACCCAAUAAACCAAGAACAGAUGAAAUAGAAUUGACAGAACUUUUUUCCUCGCAAAUGGCCCAGUUAUGCCUUAAUGAAGACUAUUCCGAUGUCUGCUUUAUUGUAGAGAAUCAAAGGUUACCAGCCCAUCGAGUUAUGCUGGCUGCUCGUAGCGAAUAUUUUAGGGCCCUUUUGUAUGGUGGGCUUUCUGAAUCGACACAAAACGAAAUACAUCUUAAAGUACCGGUUGAAGCUUUUAAAUCUCUGCUGCGCUAUAUCUACUCGGGUCAUUUGUCAUUGGCCCAAAUGGAUGAGGAUAAUAUUUUGGAUACAUUGGGUUUGGCCAAUCAAUAUGGUCUAUCGGAAUUGGAAUUGUCAAUUUCGGAUUAUUUGCGCCAAUAUUUGGCUUUGGGAAACGUUUGCGCCAUUUUGGAUGCUGCACGCUUAUACAAUCUCGAGAAGUUGACAAAAGUUUGUUUGACCUUUAUGGAUCGCAAUGCAGCGGAUAUUUUGCAACAUGAGUCUUUCAAGAGUUUAUCAAAGGAAUCUUUGGAAGAAGUAUUACGCCGUGAUUCAUUUUUCGCCCCAGAGGUCCAAAUUUUUAUUGCGGUAUGGGAUUGGUGCAAACACAAUCCCAAUGUUGAUAUUAAGUCGGUGGUUUCAUUUGUUCGUUUACCGCUUAUGAACCUUGAAGAUCUGUUGCAUGUGGUCCGUCCAUCGGGUAUACUAAAUCCCGACAAACUUUUGGAUGCCAUCGAAGAACAAAACACAUCAAAAUAUUUACCCUAUCGUGCUGCCUUGUGGCCAGAGGAAAAUGUUGCAACAGCCAAAUUUGUAUCCCGAACCAUAUUGGGCGAAUGUCGCGGCGAAUUACUCAAUGGAGAUGUUACAUCUUAUGAUAUGGAAAAGGGUUAUACACGUCACUGCAUCUCCGAUACAAAUGAAACGGGCAUUGUUGUAGAACUUGGAACCAUUUGUAUUAUAAAUCACAUCAAGAUAUUACUAUGGGAUCGUGAUAAUCGUUCAUAUUCCUAUUUCAUUGAAGUUUCACCAAAUCAAACGCAGUGGGAUCGUGUUAUAGACUAUUCAAAAUAUCAUUGUCGUUCAUGGCAAUUUCUAUAUUUCCCAGCCCGGCCAGUGCGUUAUAUAAAAUUGGUUGGCACCUAUAACACAGUGAAUCGUCUCUUUCAUGUAGUGGCCUUGGAGGCUAUGUAUACAACAAAUAUGCCGAAAGUGAUUAAUGAUAUUGUGGCGCCAACGGCAAAUGUGGCUACCAUUGAAAUGAGUGCUGUGGUUGUGGAUGGUGUUAGUCGCACCCGAAAUGCUUUAAUUAAUGGCAAUUAUACAGAUUAUGAUUGGGAUUCUGGCUAUACUUGCCAUCAAUUAGAUAGUGGAGAGAUAUUAGUGAGAUUGGGUCAACCCUACAUCAUUGGCUCGAUGCGUUUGCUCUUGUGGGAUUGUGACGAUCGGACAUACAGUUUUUACAUUGAAACCUCAGUAAAUCAAAAAGAUUGGGUUAUGGUCGUCGAUAAACGCAAUGAACAUGCUAGAUCUUGGCAGAAUUUCUCCUUCAAUCCACUGCCCGUGGUAUUUAUACGUAUUGUUGGUACUCGUAAUACAGCCAAUGAAAUUUUCCAUUGUGUCCAUCUUGAGUGUCCCUCACAAGAUCCGAAUUUUUUAUUAGCCGAAAAAGAAAGGCAAAAAUUGUUGGCGGACAAAGCAAAAGAACAAUUGCGAGCGUUGAGUGACAAUCAAGCGAGUGGCAGUUCGGGUAGUAGAUCAUCUACACCGCGUAGAAGCGGCAGUAAUUUACGUGCAAUGCCACAACCGCCACAGCUGAGAGAAAUGGAAGAAAUGCAAGUUGGCGGUAUUGCUGCGGCUGGUGCGCAAAAUAAUAAUAUUUAA